ACCAUCAUCUCCAUAAUUCUCACUCAUGGUAUAUGUUGCUUAAAGGUUGGCCUCUUUGAAGGCUCUGUGUUGGUCUCUUACCUUCUCAAAACAAAAAUUCGAAAUGCUACUCUAUCACCAACAACUACCGCAAACAAAUACACAACAGACCCACCAAAGUCAGUGAAAAACCCAUCAAAAUAUGUACUACCUUACACCCAAAAGCUAUCCAAAACUUAUAUAAAAUUUUUUUAUAUAAAUAUAUACAUAUAUUUUCUUUUUUCAAUUUUCUUUUUUUUUCUUUUUUAAAUCUUACCCCCACAUCACAUGAUCAUGGAACCUGAAAAUGGGAUCCGCAACAUCAGAACCAGUUUUCCUCUUCAAUUACUAGAUGAAAAGGAUCAAUCUAUUUCUUCCUCCUCUAAUCCUCCUCUUCCUCUUCCUCCUCCUCCUCCUCCGCCUAAAAAACCGCCUCCCAAACGCACCUCCACCAAAGACCGCCACACUAAAGUCGAAGGCCGUGGCCGCCGGAUCCGUAUGCCUGCCACUUGUGCUGCCCGUGUUUUCCAACUCACUCGUGAACUCGGCCACAAAUCAGACGGCGAAACUAUUGAAUGGUUAUUGCAACAAGCUGAACCUGCCGUCGUCGCUGCCACUGGUACUGGUACUAUUCCCGCCAACUUUACUUCUCUUAAUAUUUCUCUUCGUAGCUCUGGCUCUUCCUUCUCCGCUUCUCACCAUUUGAGAAACUCUUAUUUUAACCCUAAUUUGGCCGCUCAUCAACACCUACGAUCGAGAACCGACUGGGAAAGGAGCAUAGCCGCCGUUGAUGAAUCACCACAACCGCCACAACAGAGAAGAAUUCUGUUUCCGUCUGAGGAUUCGCUAGGUUUUAGUUCUAUUAAUUCAAGCAUUGAAUUACUUAAUAAACAAGAAGUGCGCGGCAGCGAUACUACUACUUGUUUAGAUGUAUCUGAUGGAGAAACUAGUUUAGGAAGAAAGAGAAGGCUGGAGCAUGAAUUGUUGUCGCAGAGUAGUCAUCAGAUGGGGAAUUAUCUGUUGCAAUCCACUAGUGCCGGAACAAUCCCGUCGACUCAUAGUCCGAUUCCGGCGACAUUUUGGAUGGUGACUAAUCCUAAUAGCAAUAACAGUAACCAAGUGAUAAGUGGUGAUUCAAUGGCGACCUUUCCACCUUUUACUGGUAGUAAUAAUAAUAUGUAUAGAGGCUCUAUGUCCAGUAGUUUGCAUUUUAUGAAUUUUCCUGCCCCGAUGGCUCUCUUGCCUGGACAACAAUUGGGCGGCGCCAGCGGUGGUGUUGGUGGUAUUGUUACGGAUAGUCAUUUAGGCGUACUUGCUGCACUGAAUGCUUAUAGGCCAAUUAUGGGCAGUGGUGACGCCUCGGAGUCUCCGGCGAGUGGGUCAAACCAACACCACGGAGGAGAGGAACAUGAACCAAACUAGCUCUGAGUCAACAUUUACCCAGAUACAUGAAGCUGCGAGUCUUGUGAUUUGAUCUAGAACUUUUCUCACUGUUUCUCAUAUAUGUAAGUAUAUAUACAUGAUGUGCAUUUUGCAAGAUAGGUUCAGGGUUUGAUAUUUGCUUUAAAAUUGAGUUUUGAGUUUUAAGUAAUUAUUGAGUAGUAGUCGGUUUUGGUGUGAUUAGUGAGGAGAAAAAAGUUUAGGGUUUGAUUAAUGAAGUAAGUAACUUGAAUAUUUGCCCGAUGGCCCUCUUAAAGCUCUUUUUUUUUGUCCUUUUGGUAUGGCAAAUCUUUUCCUUUU